AUGGCCACCGUCAACAUUCGCCGCGAUGUCACCGAUCCCUUCUACCGCUACAAGAUGGAGCGCCUCCAGUCCAAGAUUGAGGGCAAGGGCAACGGCAUCAAGACCGUCAUCGUCAAUCUCAGCAGCGUUGCUCAAUCCCUGGCCCGCCCGCCUUCCUACGUCAUCAAGUACUUUGGCUUCGAGUUGGGUGCCCAGACCAACACCAACCCCACCGAUGACCGCUGGAUCAUCAACGGCGCCCACGAGGCCAGCAAGCUCCAAGAGUAUCUCGACGGGUUCAUCACCAAGUUCGUCCUUUGCAAGCAGUGCAAGAACCCCGAGACCGACGUCAACAUCAAGGAUGGCAACAUCUUGCUUGAUUGCAAGGCUUGCGGUCAGCGCACUGCUGUCGACCUUCGCCUGAAGCUCAGCUCCUUCAUCUUGAAGAACCAGCCCAAGAAGGGUAAGAAGGACAAGUCGACGAAGAAGGCUGAGCGCCGUGCCCGCAAGGAGGCCGAAGCCAACGCGGAAGCGAAUGGCGAUGAUGCCUCCCCCAACGGCGGAAGUCCCGGUGACAGUGCCGAUGACCACGAGGUUGGCGAUGUCGAGCUCGCAGCUGGUAGCGACGAUGAGUUCACUCAGAAGAUCAACGAGGGUGCUAAGGAAUUGGAGGAUGCUGAGGACGUCAAGGAGGUCGAAUGGACCGUCGAUGUCUCUGAAGAGGCUGUCCGUGCUCGCGCUCAGGAUCUCCCCGACGAUCUCAAGCAGAAGCUCGUUAUUGACGAAGAGGAUGAGGGCGAGGGCGGUUCCAGCUCGUAUGAGACGUUGGGCAAGUGGAUUGAGGAUACGGCCGCGGAGAAGGGCGGCGUUGACAAGGUUGACGAUGUCGCCAUCUACCUCAAGGCCCAGGAGUUGGGCAUUGAGAGGAAGCACCGCACGCUUACGGUCCUCGCUCAGACUCUGUUCACCGAGAAUAUCGUCAAACAGAUCCCGAAGCGUGCCGGUCUUCUUCGCAAGAUCAUCCGGUCCUCGGAGAAGUCGACAGAGAAGCAUGAAAAGGCCCUCCUCGGCGGUACCGAGCGCUUUGUCGGCAUCGAGAAGCCGGAGCUGAUUCCGCAGAUUCCUGUCAUCUUGAUGGCCUACUACCAGAACGACCUUGUUUCCGAGGAAGUGUUCAAAGCUUGGGGCUCCAGGGCCAGCAAGAAGUAUGUGGACAUCAAGACGAGCAAGGCGGUUCGCAAGGCGGCUGAAAAGUUCAUCGAGUGGCUGGAGACUGCCGAGAGCGAUAGCGAGGCCGAGGAUUCCGACGACGAGUAA